CGUCUGCACCGCGCGCGGUGUAGCGACGGCAGGGGGCGCUGCGGCGCGCGCCGGGGCUCUGGGGGCGUGGUCUGACGAGCUGCCCCGCCUCUUCGUGAGCUCAUCAGCACGCGUCGCAGUCGCGCCGAGCCCGGCGUCGGAUUUGCAGGCUGGCGGUGUAGCGGUGAGUUGGAGCGCACGGCGGUUGGGGACGGUGGUCGUUGUGGCCGCUGAUGGCCCGGGUCGGAGGGCGGGUGAGCGAGAGCGGGCCGGAAGCAGCUUGCUAGCAGAGCUGUUUGGCCUUUUGUCCUUCAUCCUUGGUUAAGGAAAUGACCAACCAGUACAGUAUUCUCUUCAAGCAAGAGCAAGCCCAUGAUGAUGCCAUUUGGUCAGUUGCCUGGGGUACGAACAAGAAGGAAAACUCUGAGACAGUGGUCACAGGAUCCCUGGAUGACCUGGUGAAGGUCUGGAAAUGGCGUGAUGAGAGGCUGGACCUGCAGUGGAGUCUGGAGGGACAUCAGCUGGGGGUGGUGUCUGUGGACAUCAGCCACACCCUGCCCAUUGCUGCAUCCAGUUCUCUUGAUGCUCAUAUCCGUCUCUGGGACUUGGAAAACGGCAAACAGAUAAAGUCUAUAGAUGCAGGACCUGUGGAUGCCUGGACUUUGGCCUUUUCCCCUGAUUCCCAGUAUCUGGCCACAGGAACUCAUGUGGGAAAAGUGAACAUAUUUGGUGUGGAAAGUGGGAAAAAGGAAUAUUCUUUGGACACAAGAGGAAAAUUCAUUCUUAGUAUUGCAUAUAGUCCUGAUGGGAAAUAUCUGGCCAGUGGAGCCAUAGAUGGAAUCAUCAAUAUUUUUGAUAUUGCAACUGGAAAACUUCUGCACACACUGGAAGGCCAUGCCAUGCCCAUUCGCUCCUUGACCUUUUCCCCGGACUCUCAGCUUCUCGUCACUGCUUCAGAUGAUGGCUACAUCAAGAUCUAUGAUGUACAACACGCCAACUUGGCCGGCACGCUAAGUGGCCAUGCCUCCUGGGUGCUAAACGUUGCGUUUUGUCCUGAUGACACUCACUUUGUUUCCAGUUCAUCUGACAAAAGUGUAAAAGUUUGGGAUGUUGGAACGAGGACUUGUGUUCACACCUUCUUUGAUCACCAGGAUCAGGUCUGGGGAGUAAAAUAUAAUGGAAAUGGCUCAAAAAUUGUGUCUGUUGGAGAUGACCAGGAAAUUCACAUCUAUGAUUGUCCCAUUUAAACACCAAAGUCUUCCAGGCUCAUGCUGCAAAGAGAAUGUACAGAUUGACUGUGACAUUACUACCUUUCUAGGCUUGUUUAAAGGGAAUAGAGUGUUUAUUGUAGCAGAGACUUAAAUUUUGUAGAUAUAUGUUUUCAUGUUUUAUGGAAACGCUGUUCAUACUUUAACAUAAAUAAAGCAUUCUUAAUGCA